UACUACUGAAGUUCAAGCCUGACAAUCGUACUUCAAUACAUCCAGAAAGCUCAGCCUCCUAUAACUCAGCUCACGACUCUUCUUCUUGUACACUGCCAUCACCUACGAUUUCUAUCACACGUGUAAUUCUUUUUUUAACCCGCGGCCUCCAGAACCCAGCUGCAGCGCCCGAUCUUCCACCAAACAUGACCUACUUCCGCAUUACCUUGAUCCGAUCUGCCAUUGGCCUCCCAGCGAAAUCUGGAAACGUUCUCAAAGCACUCGGCCUACGCAAACGGAUGGCAACUGUGUUUCAUCCCGUCACGCCUUCAGUCGCUGGCCAAAUAAUGAAAGUCAAAGAGCUAGUCGCGGUGUCGGAAGUGGAUGAACCUCUGACGAAACAAGAGAUACACCAGGAACGAGUCCCGGACCCGGGCUUCUACGUCGAAUCGAAAGCGCAGGACCUGAGCAAAUAAGGGCGCAUUGCAGCGAGCUAUGGAGAGACAUCUGCACAAGGUCCGACGAAUAAACUCGGCCACUUCCCCCCGUCCAGCUCUGCAAAAUGCCGCCGCAAUUAUCAACCACGCUGGGUGGUGGAAGGCAGAUUGCUGCUCUCGUCGACCCCGAAGAGAUAAACUCAACUACUACUUCGCCACGAGCCAUUGCAAUGCAUCCACUUGAUUUCAUGACCUCUCCGCGAAUACUACCCUCUCCUCGCACUUACUCCGAAUCGUACUGUGUGGAUAUGUGAAGCCACCAUCGAGCAGAGCUGCAGCUUAUCGGAGUCACGGGAGCUGGGAAUUCUACAAGACGAAACGAGAGCUGAGUGGAGCUGGUAUCUAUACCAUGAACGAUGUAUUCACAACACAUCUCGUGAUCAGUCUCGGGUAUGAGUGGUGAGAGUUGUGAUGUUCUGGCUUUGAGCCGCUUUAAAGAAGCGCUGGGGCAAGCAGUCGUCCGUGAGCUACAGCGCUUUUGGCAGAUGGAUGCUAAGACUUGGAACAAGAGGAAGUUGAUUGAGGAUCUAUAACGGAUUUAUGGAUGCGGUCUUGUGACCGCGGUGCUGUCAGGUGCGACACUGGACAAGUUCAGCUCAGCAAAUUUGAGCAAGCCAGCCAGCCUUGGUUUGUUUGAGUGGUUACCAAAGGAUAUCUGGAGCCCCUUUGAUAGCUGUACAACUAGUUACUUCAAUGCUUUGAUAUACUUCGAAUUUUAAAGUAGACUAC